UAGUGCCGGGGUUAAGAAAGUCUAACUUCCACAGAAAUCCGUCGGCUUUUUCCAGCUCCUUCUCCGCCCCCACUUUGACAUUUUCUACUCACCACUCAUAAGUGGGCUAAUUACAUCAGCCAUUUCCAUCCACUAAACUUCAACCAGGCGUCAUCGUUCGUAAUAUUCUUCUACUUCUAUAUAUCCCUUUAACCUUAAAAAUCAUUCUUCUUCUUCGUCGCCUUUCGUAAGUACCUAAUUUACGAAGCACGCAACGAUGUCAUUCACGAUCACUCUCCGUCAGGGACCUUCGCGCCUGAUUUCCAGGUUGCCGGAGCUCUCGAAAUCCUCUCUUCGAACCGUAGCUCCCGCCCGAGCUUUCCAUCAGUCUUCCGCUAGACCAUACAACUUCUUCACGUCGCGAACGACGCUCACAUCAACUCUACUGCGCACCACGCCGAAGAAUGCCUUUGCGAAAUCAGCCCGAACAUACAUACAACAACCUGCGGCUCCCGCAGCCGACUCCGGUUCGAUGUUUCGCAGACUUUUAACCGGUGGAGCAAUUUUCGGCGGCACCCUCAUCGCAAUUAACGUCAUCUUCAACCGCGAGACCCGAGAGGAUGGAGGUAUGCCACCAUACGAGCGAUCUUAUCUAAACCAGACCUUCCUCCACACCGGCCUCGGUAUCGGCAUUAUCGGUAUCACGGCGCACCAGAUGAUUCGGAGCGGUUUCGUUUACAGGAUCAUGGUGACGAAUCCUUGGGCGGUGGCUAUCGGAGGUCUAGCUCUCAGCAUCGGUACUAUGCUCGGAACCCGAGCUAUCGACCCUGACAACUACGUCCCCAAGUAUGCUCUCUGGGUCGCAUUCAAUGCUACUCAGGCUGCUUUUAUCGCCCCUCUUCUUGCCUUCGCCCCCAGCGCCUUGAUCGCUCGUGCCGGUCUCUACACAAUCGCGAUGAUGGGAUCCAUCUCGUUUGUGGGUGCCACUGCUAAGCAAGAGAAGUACCUGUACAUCGGUGGUCCUCUCCUCGCUGGUGCCGCCAUCGUCGCCGUUUCGGGCCUUGCCCCGCUCAUCGUCCCCGCUACGGCCGUCCGAACAUUGGCUUGGUCAGAGAGUAUUUGGCUCUACGGUGGUCUAGCAGUCUUCGGCGGCUUCACGUUAUACGACGUCCAGAAGAUCCUCUACCACGCUCGCUUGGCUGAGGCAGGCAUCAUCAAGAAGGACCCGGUUAACGAGAGUAUCGCGCUCGAGUUGGACUUCUUGAACAUCUUCAUCAGGAUGGUUCAGAUCUUGAUGAUGCAACAGAACCGCAGGAAGUAAAUAGGUGGUAAUUGAGAUAAGGAUGCAUUAGUUGGGAGAUGGGUUCAUCAUAAAAAUGGGAUGAUGAAAGGUCGGUCUUUUUAGGGGUGGAGCCCGCGAAUAGGGCAGAUAAUGUUCAGCUUAAUCUGUGUAUCAGAGGCAGAAUGGGAACUCUCCUCUCCUGGCAUCGUGAGGAUUGUCUAGGAUUAAACAAAUGUACUAACAAGCGUAGUCAAAUAAAAAUCAGUAAACAGAAGUUGUAUAAUAUAUGCGCACCUACAUACGAUUGUAGUAAGUGUUUACGAAUCGUAGAGCACAUGCCAAGAACUAUUUGAUGA